AUGCCCUUUCUUUCGUCCCCUCGUUUCUUCUCUCGCUCCGCCCUCACCCCGCGGAAGUCGAAGCCCGCGCGCUCCGCGGAUGGGCAGCGUGCGGGAAGGAGCGGUGGGGGGGGUGGGAGGGCGUCGGUGAGCGAGGAGGUGUUCUCCCUGGGGAAGGGAUGGCUGGUGGACCCCGCCGCGCUCAUGGGCGGAGAGGCGGGGGGCGAGGAAGGGCGCGGGGGGGCAGAAAGGGCCAGGGGAGCGGACGGCGGAAGGGCAGUGGGCGGGGGGCCAGGGGGGAAUGAGGCGGCGGGAAUAGCAGGGCUGGAGCCUGGGAAGACGCGCAGCACUCACAAACUGCUCAAGAUUGUGUCAGGCACCAACCGGGGGAGGCGUCUUCUGUCGCCUGCCGACCGCAAUGUGCGCCCCAUGAUGGAGAUGGUGCGGGCGGCGGUCUUCGACAUGUUGCACGCGCUGCUGGACGCGCCGCACCGCCUGCCGACUGGCUCGCGCUGGCUGGACCUGUACAGCGGCACGGGGAGCGUGGGGCUAGAGGCCAUGAGCCGAGGGUGUGGGCAGGCGCACUUCGUGGAGAUGGACCCUUGGGUCGUAUCAUCCGUGCUAUCCCCCAACAUUGAAGCCUGCUCCGCCUCCUCAAACACCACCAUCCACCCUCUCAAAGUCGAGUCCUUUCUCCAGCAAGCAAAAGAACGAGGAGCCGAGUGGGUGGGAGGGCCCUUCAGCUUCGUCAGUGUGACCCCCCCCUAUGAGCUCAUCGUGUACAGCCAACUCAUGGCCCAGCUCGCUGCCUCCCCGCUGCUGCACCCAGAAACAUGCAUGGUGGUGGAGUAUCCAAACAAAUCUAAGGAUGAGAUAUUGCACACAUGCGGUCCUCUAUAUAAG